GCUGGGCCCCUCCCACUCUGGGCAGCCGCCGAGACCCAUGACCAUCCUCUCUGUAGGGCCUCCCCAAGGCCUUGAACCCACCCCAGGCCCGUGCAUCCCCCAAACCCCGGCCCUCCCAGAGGUGUGGGUGCUGGAGGAGCUGCAACCCACACAGGCCAAGGACACAGCUGCUGCCACUGUCUGGGGUGAGCCACGUAUCCUUCCCAGACAGGGGCCAGACUAGCUGUACCAGCCGCCGCCUCCGGCCUGCCGCCUGCCCCACCCCCACGCCCCUGGCCAGGCUUUCCAGAGUGAACUCACAGCCUGCCUCAGUCUCCCCACCGUGAAGGCCCCGCCCCUCUGCUGCAACCUGGCAGCAUGCAGCCGCAGGAGAGCCACGUCCACUACAGCAGGUGGGAGGACGGCAGCCGGGAUGGAGUCAGCCUGGGGGCCGUGUCCAGCACAGAAGAGGCCUCAUGCUGCCGCAGGAUCUCCCAGAAGCUGUGCUCGGGCAAGCUGGGCAUCGCCAUGAAGGUGCUGGGCGGUGUGGCCCUCUUCUGGAUCAUCUUUAUCCUGGGCUACCUCACCGGCUACUACGUGCACAAGUGCAAAUAAAUGCUGCCCCGCAAGCAGGCUGGGGGCUGGCGGCACACGUGUGAGACCACAGGCCUGCGGACACCCCGUAUACAUGGACCCCGUGGCACACACAGUACACAGGGCACACGCACUGGCAUCCAGACCCAUGAAGACACCAGGUGCGCAGCUGUCACAGGCCUCACACGAGGGCACACACACACCUGGCACACGGUCCUUCAAAGAAUCUACAAACAGCUGGGCACACGCAGCUGGGAGACCUGGGCCCAGCCUCAGCAGGAGCUGCGGGACAUACCCAGGCCACAACCUGCAGCCCAGAGCCCCCAGCCACAGCCUCCCCUGGCCCAGGGCCCAGCCCCUUCCUUGUCAAGGUCAGGAUGAAGGGUUUCUUUGAUAGGCAAACUGCCCACCUCUCUGGCAGUCCCCCGGGGAGGACCCUCCCACUGCUUCCCUCCGAGGGGGCCCUGUGCAGAGCUGUGUGCCCUGGGCAGGCCCCCAGCUUUUCUAGGCCUGACUCCUGGUUUUGUAAGGCUGGCUCCAAGAAGGGCUGUGUGUCCCCUGCCCUUCCCUAGGGGACUAAGACCCAGCCCCAGGUUUCCUAUGCAGAGCAGGAAGCAGGCCCUGGCCCCUGUCCCAGAUGCACCAUAUCUUCCUUAGUAAAGUGGGCACAGUUCUUCCUCUUGGGGCCGGCGGUUGCCAGGGAGAACCCAGGUCUACCCUCCCUCCCCAGGGACGGGCCUGACUGCUCCAAGUGCUCCUUGUGGGUCAAGAGCCUGUGCACGGGGCAGUAAGUGUCUUAAAUAAACGGUGGGUGCCAGCCUUU